GAUACUGUAAAAAAAGGCAAAAGCGCCGGCUAGCCUUUUACAGAGCUUUGUUCUCUGGGCAAUUGGGCCCCAUCCACGCAAGUAUGAACGUUACUUCGACCAACUUUUUCGCCUAUAUAUAUAAACAAUUCCCAUUCCUUAUACCCCAAAAAUCCUUACCUCUCUUAAUUCACAUUUUCAGCAUUGAAGAGAAGAAGAUCAAUUUGGUGUUUUUCUGCUCAUUUCUUCUUCUUCUUCUCUGAAAAUGGCACAGAUGCGGUUCUGGGCUCUUGCUCUGUUUCUAGCCUCCGGAGAUCUGUUGUUUUCAGUGGUGAAUUCGUCGGCGACUUUUACGAUGAUAAACAAGUGUGAGCAAACGAUUUGGCCGGGCAUUUUGUCGAACGCCGGAGUUGCGCCGUUAGAUACCACCGGGUUUGCUUUACAGGCGGGCGAGUCGAGGACGAUUAAUGUGCCAUCGAGUUGGGGAGGUCGAUUCUGGGGGAGGACGCACUGUUCGCAGGACUCCACCGGGAAAUUCACGUGCGUGACGGGCGAUUGCGGCUCCGGUCAGGUGGAAUGCGCCGGCGGGAACGCGGCGCCGCCUGCUACGCUGGCGGAGUUCACGCUGGACGGGCACGGCGGGAUGGAUUUCUACGACGUGAGCUUGGUGGACGGGUACAACCUCCCAAUGCUGGUGGUGCCGCAGGGCGGGACGGGCGACAACUGCAGCAGCACGGGGUGCAGGGUGGAUGUGAACGGGCUCUGUCCGUCGGCGCUUAAGGUGACGAGCUCCGCCGGGGAGAGCGUCGCCUGCAAGAGCGCAUGUAUGGCCUUCGGCGACCCGCAGUACUGCUGCAGCGGCGCGUACGGCGCACCCGACACCUGCAAGCCCUCGUCUUACUCGCAGAUGUUCAAAACCGCCUGCCCCACCGCCUAUAGCUACGCCUACGACGAUAAGACCAGCACCUUCACCUGCGCCGGCGCCGACUAUACUAUCACCUUCUGCCCAUCACCCAACACCAGCCAAAAAUCGUCGAAUUCCGGUGCCGGCGACAACGGCGGCGGAAGCGGGAGCGGAACGCCGGCGGGAAUCGACAGCACGAUGGUGUACGACGGAGCAUUGGACGUGAGCAGCGCAUAUUCAGUCACGUGCGCCCACGUGUUCGGGUCUCAUGCCGUUGCCGGUGCCGUCGCUUUCGUAACAGCAAUGUGGCGGUUGUGUCAGCUAUUCUAACGUCUCUUUUAACCUUUUCUUUUACCGUCCGCGGCCCACUACCGUCAAGAUCCGGCCCAUAUAGCCUGUCGGACUUUUGGUGUUAUGUCACGUGUGGACCACAUGCCUUUUCCAUGGGCCUCGUCACCCGGCCCAUGUGACUCGGAAUUGAGUCACUAAAAGCUUGACGCGUCACCAACCCCCACUAAUUUAUUAUUAGUGAAAUCUCGAGCGAUAUUCAUACAAUAUAUUAUUUAUUAUUAGUGAAA